AUGAAAUGAUUAAUGAAUUAAAAUAAAAAAAAAAAAAGAAAGAAAUUUACAAUAAUUCCGCAAUGUUUACAGAAAAAGAUAUAUUUAAUAAAACAAAACUUGACUAUUUCUAUAAAAUUGAGAUGCUUCCCAGUGGAAAUGGAAGUGGGAAGGGUUAAAAUGUAGAGGAAGAGUAGAGUGGAACAGAAUAAGAAUAAAAAAAUUAAGUUUAAAAGAAUCAAAUCGAAUUCGAAUUGAAUUUACACGAGAACAAUAAUAAAAAAUAAUUUUGUUGUCCAAAAAAACAAGGAAAACAUUUUUUUAUAGUUCAUGUGUGUUGUUGUUGUUUGUGUUACAGAUGUUGCCGACUCAAUAGUCAACCCCUCUGAGGGGCUCCUUAAUACAGCUACAAAAUAUAGUUCUAUUAGAGCGACAAAUCAAUAAGACAAAAAAAAAAAAAAAACAUACAAAAAACGAAAUAAAAUCCUGUUUCAAAACGUAAAAAAUAAAAAGAAAUACUGUCAGGACACAAAAAACACAAAUCAUGGAUGACAAAAAUUGCCAAGAAACCAAAGUAAUAUAUCAUAUAGAUGACGAGACAACACCGUAUCUUGUUAAAAUAGCUCUGCCAUCGUCGCAGGUCACGUUAAAAGAUUUCAAAAUGGUACUGAAUAAACAAAGCAAUAACUAUAAGUAUUUUUUUAAGUCAAUGGACGCCGAUUUCGGAGUUGUGAAAGAAGAGAUUGCAGAUGAUUCAACAACACUUCCUUGCUUCAAUGGACGGGUUGUAUCGUGGCUGGUUUCUGCUGAUGGUUCCAAUCAAUCAGACAAUUGUUCGGAGGUACCAACAAGCGAAAUCGACAGUCGCACAUGCAAUAAUCCACGAAAUCAAAAAAAUUUAAGUGGUUGUGGUGGAGGAAUGAUUGGCGGUGUUAAUGUUGGUGUGGGAAAUAUGCAAAAUACAGGUGCAGGUGGCAUGGUUGGAGGUCUAAUGGGAGUUGGUGGCAUGGGCGGGGGUGGUGUUAAUGUAGGAGUGCCCAACCAAUUAAUGCCUCCAUUAACCUAUCAAUCUGCAUCAGUGCUAUCGAGCGAUUUGGAUUCAACAAGUCUCUUUGGCACAGAGAGUGAGCUUACCUUAGAUCGUGACAUGACAGAAUGCAGCAGUAUACAGCGACUACAAGUACGAAAGAAACCACAAAGGCGUAAAAAACGAGCUCCCAGUAUGUCACGAACGUCGAGUUAUAGUUCAAUAACAGAUUCGACAAUGUCAUUGAAUAUAAUUACGGUUUCCAUCAAUAUGGAAGCUGUGAAUUUUCUAGGAAUUUCAAUUGUGGGACAAUCGAAUCGAGGAGGAGACGGAGGAAUUUAUGUUGGAAGUAUCAUGAAAGGCGGUGCAGUUGCCUUGGAUGGCCGCAUUGAACCCGGUGAUAUGAUUUUACAGGUUAAUGAUGUAAAUUUUGAAAACAUGACAAAUGAUGAAGCUGUGCGAGUUUUGAGAGAAGUUGUUCAGAAGCCCGGCCCGAUAAAAUUGGUUGUGGCAAAAUGCUGGGAUCCAAAUCCUAAAGGAUACUUUACUAUCCCUCGUACCGAACCUGUCCGCCCCAUUGAUCCUGGUGCUUGGGUUGCUCACACACAGGCUCUUGCGUCACAUGAUAGUAUUAUACCCGAUAUAUCAGAGCCAAUCAAAGAGCGGCUAGAUCAAAACAACUUGGAAGACGUUGUCAAAGCAAUGACAAAACCAGAUAGUGGACUAGAAAUUCGUGAUAGAAUGUGGCUAAAAAUAACUAUUCCAAAUGCAUUUAUAGGUGCUGACGCUGUUAAUUGGGUUUUGGAGAAUGUCGAAGAUGUACAAGAUAGACGCGAAGCAAGACGGAUAGUAUCAUCAAUGUUGCGAAAUAACCUAAUAAAACAUACUGUUAAUAAAUUAACAUUUUCUGAACAAUGCUAUUACGUAUUAAGUGAUGGCAAAAAACAAAACUGUCGAUCCACGGUUAGUCUUGGUGACUCCGAAAGCAUCACCAGUGAUAUUGCCCCUCUGCCUAAUCCUCCAAUCUAUAUGCCAUACUCAGCCACUUAUAAUCCAAGUCAUGGUUAUCAGCCAAUUCAAUACGGACUUACUGAAAGGCACAUUUCGUCAGGUAUUGGGUCAAGUAGCUCAGAUGUUCUUACGAAUAAAGAUAUUUCAGCUUCACAAAGUGACAUUACAUCAAUAAUUCAUCAAACAAACCAAAUGACCAUUACAAACGGUUCUAAUAAAUCAUCAGGAUCUUCCAACCGUGGGAAUACUGAGCAAGAUGUUUCGGUAUUUAAUUACGUGUUGUGAGUUUUGAAAAAGAACAAGUCUACAUUGGAAAAAAGUAUAUAAUAAAUAUAAAAAAAAAAAUCAAAAUAAAUGAGCAGGAUACCUACACAGAUAUACAUUUUUUAUAUAUUUAAUUGACGUUUUCUACUUCAAUUUUAUUCUCAUUCAACUUAGUUUAGAGGAAAACAUAUAAAAAAUGUAGUAUUUUUGCAAUAAAAAAAAACCAAGGUAAUUGUAUUUUUGUUAUUUUUUUUUUUUUUUUAAUUUUACCAAAAAGCCAUUGAAUUUCAAGACUAUAAUUUAUAUUUAAUUUGUAUUGCUUUGAUACAUCAAUUAUUUCGAAUCAGAACAUUUUGAAAGUUGGUGGUUAUUAAGGAUUGAUAUGAGUUGGUUGAAUCUUCUGCAACGUUUUGCAGUAAUUUUGAAAUAAAUUAAUGAGAUAAAUUAGUAUGAAUUGCAAAUUUUUGCUAAAUUUUUCAAAUUUC